UCUCCGAUUUGAAACAUGGUUGGCAUUUAUCGACAUCGUUUGCCUAAAUAGAUCUCCUUACAAAUGUCGAAUUGGUCCAAUAUCAACAUUUGCCAUAGUGUGAGAACUGGAAAUAUACUGAUUAUUUAUUGCUCAUUGGCUAACAAAAUUGUUUAAACAUAUUUACUUAAUCACGGCGAAUAAAUACUGGGCUGGACAGGAUGGCCAGCUGCAAUUUUCAGGAGCAGUUUGUAUCCAUUAUGGAAGUAUUGGCUAAAGCAGCAGAAAUAAACAAACGUGUAGAUGAUAGCUGUGCUGUUAUACGUUUGGAAAUGACCCAAAGCCAGCGAGAUAUUGAUGUACUGAAAAGGAAGUGUCAAAUGAUGGACAGCGAGCUGAAGAAGACGCGCAGACGAAAAGGUUUUUACCCCGUGGCAUCAGAGAGAUCUUCAUAUCCAGUCAAGAUUGUUUUGAACAAGCAGAGGAGUACCUCACAGUGGAGAGACAGCAAGAUGGCUGUUGAAGGGGACUCUCAACCCCAUCCUUCAGAUGUGGAGCAGAGAGUGGAUACUGAACCCAUACUGAUCAAAGAUGAGGAGACAGCAGAGGAUAUGUGGAAGACUGACCCUCAGGAAGAGCUCAGGAUCACUGGAGAGGAGUCUGGUUCCAAGCCUGGGAAAUCACCAUCCUUUGAGCAACGGCACUGUGAUGAGGACUUCAUCACACAACCCAAUAUAUCUCCCAAAGACUCAGUAAAACAUUACCCAAAUUCUGAUCGUCCAGAGGAACCAGGAACACCCCGGCUCGCAUCUACGGAGGUGUUCAGCACAGAGCAGCACCGGCCAGACAAGGACUCACUAGACCUAGUGAUGGUGAAAGAGGAGGAGCUGGAUCAGACCACAACCCUGGCAGGACCUGACCAGUUUGUCAUGGAUCAGUCUGAUGGGCAGCUGUGGACCUCUGUGGAUCCAGGCAGAGACACUGACCCUGAUGGUCACCCAGAUUUCUCCUUUCAUUCCACAGAAGAGUACUCUCAGAAUAUCUCAAUUUUCCCAUCUCAUAGUGGGCUGUCAUCUGUUCCUACUAUGACAGAUGAUGUAGGGCCAUCGCUUCACUCUUCUAUGUGGAAACCACAUGCUAACAUGUUCAGUGCAGCAGCACAUAGGAAAAGACAUGUCAGGACAUUGGCUAAUGAGACUAGACAACAGAUGCCAGACGAACAGAGCAGUGAGAUACUGAACUCAAAUAAUGAAGGAAAUCGUUUAGCUCUACAGCCAAGGCAGCAUCAAUACAGGGCUUCAGAAGCAACAGUGAGAUUGAGUGAGUGCAUGACAGGGUCAAACAUGGCCACCACCUCCACCUUCUCUGGAUACAGCCUGAGUCACAGUAGUUUUAACAUGGUGAAGAGAAUGAGGACUCAGUGGAGGUCGGGCGGCACCACCGAGAGGCGUUUCAGCUGCACCUUCUGUGGGAAGAGCUUCCCAACUUUCUGGCAGCUCAAAGAACACCUCCGGAGUCACACCGGAGAGAAACCGUACACCUGUGAACAGUGUGGCAGGAGUUUCACCAAGCAGUGCAACCUGAUCAGACAUGCUGUGGUCCACAGCGGGGAGAAGCCCUACAAGUGCACACAGUGUGGGAAAUGCUUCACUCAGCGCUCCAGCAUGAAGUCACAUCAGAGAACUCACAUAGGAGAGAGUCCAGUAUCUCAAUACGUGGUACCCGCAUACCCAGGGGAUCGACACACAAGUUUAAUGUAGUCUCAGAACAGAUGGAACAAAUAGGAACAUAAUUGCAUUAUGCUUCGGAAACACUUUCAAUGUGAAAAUGUAGAUCAAUCAACCAUACUCGCUAUCUUCUUCUACACUAUCUGAUGUGCUUUCUUUUUGUAUCUAGUACCUCUACUGAUACACUCCGCUAUGUAUUUAUUUGGACAGUGAAGCUACAACUUUUAAUUUGGCUCUAUACUCCAGGAUUUUGGAUUUGAGAUCAAAUGUUUUAUAUGA